AGAGAGGAACUUUUCCUAAGCUCUACAAACACUAAAGUGUCACGUAAAAAAUGUAAAAUUAAUUACCUAUAAUGAAUACGUCGUUAACGUUUGAAGUUCUGUUAUAUUUAAAUUCGUAUUAUUUCGGAUUGUUUUCUGUUUGCGAAAUCGGUAUAAAUAUCGUAAAGGCAAUUAAUUUGACCCUCCCUAACAUUUGGACUGACUUUGGAAUACUUAUGGCCAUUUGUGGAUUAGAACUGAUAAGAGUCGUUUUAGGCAGAAAAGGCAAUCUUACAGAGAGCAACUGGACCGUUUUAAUAGCUAUUUUAUUAACUCUUCCUUCUAUUAUGGGAGUUUUCUAUUUCAUGCUGUGGCAAAGUUUAGUUCUUAGACUGGAAUACAUCAUGUGCACAAUUCAACUUUGUUUUCAAACCGCCGAAGUUGUAUUUGGUGUGUUGUGUCUACUUCCUAUUUGUAAAAAAACUGAAUAUUAAUAAAUUAUAUUUGUUAA